AUGGCCCCAAGAAAAUCGGCGCAAGCAGACAUUGACCCACCGCCAACAUUUAGUACCCCAGCUCCAAAUCAUGAUGAGAUUGUCCCGGAAGAGGUUCAGAAGAGCUUGUCCCGGUGGACUGACGAGCAAGAGAUUGCACUGCUCAAAGCCAUUGUGAGGUGGAAACCGGUAGGUCAGUCACUCUAUUUCAGACUCGCGAGUACAACUGAUAUGCGAGAUGAUCCAGGCGUGCACAAGCACUUUCGCAUGAUCGCCAUCCAUAACUACAUGAUCAGUCAAGGCGUUGUCAGCUCAGGCGAUCAGCACACUACUAUACCAGGGCUCUGGACAAAGCUAGGAUCACUUUACAACCUGCCGGUUCUUGAUGAAAGAGAAGACUCGUUGCUGAAUAGCUCGUCCGAGGAGAAUGGCUCGUCUGGUGAGUUGUACCGCCCCCGUUUCCCAGACCAUGAUUCGGCGCAAAAAUUCGACGGAAGGCUAAAUCUGAAAGGGUCGAAAACACCCGCAUUGGACUCUAGAAGAGAGAGUACGAUAGCCGACACAGAUGAGGCAGGGUCGUCGCCUGCCCCGGGACGACGUGGAGCUAGGGCAACAAGACGGGGGGGAAGGGUUUCAAAGCUACAGCAGGAGAUUGGAAGUAGCCAUAGGACAAGUAAGGCUGCUUCGAUGACGGAGGACGAGCCCAUGGAAGACGCUGAACAGGAGGAAGGAGAAGAUGGAGAAGGCAGCGAGACAGUGGAUGGAGAUGAUGCCGAGGACUCGACAAAGACAAGAAGCUCAGCAAGGGCACGAGGAACCCCAAAAGGCAGGGGGGGUAGAGGUCGUGGCGGUACAAGAAGCAGAGGACGUAGGAAAUAG